AUGAUUGAAGAAACUCCACAACCAUCUUUGAACCGUCCCUUGGACUCUGGUCCCAGUGCCAUGGAGUUCGGGGCGGCUUAUCUCAGGGCUGGAAGGAAUUCAGACGAUGAUAGAAUCUCAAUGUUAUCGGCACAUAGAGAAUCACAAUACCAAGCAUAUCGGCCGGAAGAGCCACCAGUUCCAUCUUCUUCCCCUCCUCGACGGUCAUGGGUGGUAUCUCCAGUUGCUCUCCAACAGUCCUUACCACCUGAGCCGCAACCGGGACAGAAUUCUAGCGAGACGACAUCUACUUUGUUCGGCUCAAGGGCUGUCGUGGACUUCAACUAUCAGGAACCUGUAGCUUGGGCGAACUCGACUCAAUUCGGGCCUACGAGACCAGAAAGCCCCAAGCCAGAGCCUCAGACAACUACGAUGCCCGUACCCGAUGCAGAGCAAGCUCGUAUCAGUCGGCGAUAUUUUCGUCACCCACGGCAUAUACCAGAACCUUGGAAAGCCGGGUCGUGGGAUAGGUUCCCAUGGUGUGGAUUCUUUGCAUUGCUUCUGGUGAUUGCAUUGACAGGUGCUUCCGCUGGUCUCCUCCUAGCCAGUGAUGGAAGCUCCCCUGAUAGCUGGAAAGUAGGAAACGACAAUGCUCAGCCGCAGGUAUACAUAUCGGUAUUCGAAAUGUCAAUGAACAUCUUGAUACUGUUCGCUUUGUGGAACGGCAUGGUGGUCAGAUUCUGGCGCGAGAUGCUACAUGGCACUACAUUGUCCGCAAUGCACGAUAUCUACGAAUCAGCUUCUCUUUGGCCAGCCACCAAGAGAAUUGUUCGACUACAAUUCAACCUUGUGGCUGUUGCAUGUCUCUUAGCAUUUGCCUCUACCCUAAGAGGUCCAUUAUUCCAACGAUCCCUCACCCUUUUGGAAGGUCAAAAUUCCAACGUAACCGACUCAAUUGAUAUCAAAAUCGCCCUCUUUCCCAUACCGGAGUACUUCCAGAGCCUGCAGCGCUCCAGUUCUCCGAUGCACACAGACAUCACGCCGGCAUUUUCACAGAUGCUCCAAAGCGUGAACUCUGGGGAUCCAAUCCCAUUCGUCCACCCUCCAGCGUGUGGAGAGCGGUGCAAUGGUACGGUCAAGGGCUUCACCUUCGCCGCAUCCUGUACCUCCACAUCACGGCCACUUGAUUUGAGCGCCGUUCCCACAGAGUGCAAAACAUGUUCGACAGAGCAAUGUUUCGUGAAUUGUGCUGUACUUCGACGCACGGAACUGAACCAUCCGGUGUUCUCAAUCAGCCACAAGACAAACAUUACCGGAGCAAGCACAGAAGAACAAUCUCUUGAGAUAACGAGCCUAUACAAACAGGAGGGUACAUGCUCAGGGGAAGUCCAGAUACAAACAUGCUCCCUCACGCAAGUGACCGGCGAAUACCGAGUUAUCAUCGCGAACGGCAGCAUUUCCCACUCUGAUCCGUCUUCAUUUACGUCCAGUCCCGAGAUGAGACUCAAUAGAACACUGAUGGUCACCUUCUGGCCACUGGCAUUCGAGUCGCUAUUCCCCUCGAUCGCCGUGAAUGUAACACCAACAGAAGAUUUCUCCAGACUCCAAUACCAAAAAUGUGCCACGAGCACGCAACUCGAUGGCAGCUCUUCCGUCCGCUUCUGCACCAACGGCACCGAGCCCCAGCAAUCCCUCUCCCUCAACGACCCAACGGUUCUCUUCUCCACUCCACCCCAGGACGACACCUUAACACAAUCAGACCCUCUCUGCAGCCUCUCCUGGCGCGACCCCAUGCCCUCUAUGCUCUCAAAGAUGCGCUCCCUCGCAUUUCGCAUAACACUCGACAUGGCGGCCUCCGACGGCGCCGUCUUCGCACCCACAUACACAUCCGCCGACCUCGACCUCCUCCGCAAAGACUGGAACCAAACCGUCGCAGUGACAUCGUCCCGCACGCAAGCAGUCUACAAGACGUCCCCCGCGCUCGUGGUCCUGGGAAUCGUGCUCUCGUUCCUCGGCGUCGCGGCCGUCAUGCCGCUGUACUACGGCUUCUGGGAGCUCGGAAGGCAGGUCAGCUUGAAUCCGCUGGAGAUUGCGAGGGCGUUUGGCGCGCCGUUGAUGGAUGGGUUGGAUGGGAAUGUCACGGCUGGGAUGAUCACCGUCCAGAGGGGUGGGAUGGCGGUGAGGUAUGGGGUGUUGGAGAGGUUUCAGGAGGCGAAGAAGUUGAGGAUUGAGGAGACGGCGAGGGCGAAUGUAAGGACUCCGUGGCAGGGGGAGGUGUUUGGUUGA